CGUUGCGUGCCUCACCUCAAUGGAACAAUUCAUUACUUAUAAUCACUUACGAUGAACAUGGCGGAUUCUACGACAAUGUCCCACCACCAUCUAAUGUUCCACCACCAGAUAACGUCACUGCGCCGAUUUUCAAUUUCGAUCGCCUUGGAAUUCGUGUACCGACGCUUUUGAUUUCGCCUUGGAUUAAUAAAGGAAUAGUUGUUCAUAAUCCUCCAAAAAAUGGCUCUUACUUUGAGCAUUCUUCAAUUCCAGCCACAUUGAAAAAGAUUUUUGAUCUUCCAAGCUUCCUGACUAGACGUGACGCUUGGGCUGGCACAUUCGAAUACCUUUGGGAUAACACAAAUUCUCCGCGUACAGACACUCCAACCACGCUUCCGAGUGUUCCAACCACCAAAAAGCGCAAGUAUCGUAGAUCUCAA